UGUCUUUAUAGUUGCUGGAUUGAAGAAACACUUUGUGGUAAACAAAUAAAUAAAAAAGAAAAGAUUUGUGAAGAGAAUUUUAAUGAUGCCCGGUAAUCGGAAUUUGUAAGCAAUUUGUAAAUGGAAAAAGAGAUGCCCAGAAUCCAACAAAGUUAGUAAAGAAUAAAUAACUAAGGAGAAAAAUAGUUAGGAGGGAGAGAGACAGAGAGACAGCACGGUGAAGUGUCAACUCAAAGAAGAAGAGAUUUGUAGGGCAAAGUCGGCUGCUGGAGAUUUUUGACAAGAGUCAUAUAUGGUGUGUAAAUUCUGGGCUAUUCUUAUUUUCAUUGAAGUUUUUUGCCAUCAAACUGUUCAGUUCAGAAGGAGACGGAGCUGAGUUUAUUGUCCAUACCAGAUUCAAAAGUUAAAAAGGAAGGUGCCCGAAAGGAUUUCUUACCAGAGUGCUUGAAUGACUCGCUUAAAGACUCUGUUGGAUGAGGAUUCUGGAACUAGUGCUGAACAGCUCAGUCCUGUACCAUGCACCAAUGUGGAGAAUGUUGAAAGGCUUAAUGAGAAGGCCUUCGCAAAUCGAGAUUUCUAUGUUGGUGAUUUUAAGGAAAUUCUUCCCCAUGGCAAGGGAAAGUAUACAUGGUCAGAUGGAACAGUACACGAGGGUGAUUGGGAAGCAGGGAAAAUGACUGGAAAAGGAGUGUUACUUUGGCCAUCCGGAGCAAUGUAUAAAGGUGAUAUUUCAGGGGGUUACCUUCAUGGUGCUGGUGCGUUUACAGCACCUGAUGGAUCCAUUUAUGAAGGGCAAUGGAGGAUGAAUAGACGGCAUGGAUUUGGAAGAAAGAAGUAUUCUAAUUCAGAUGUUUAUGAAGGAGAAUGGAAGGAAGGAGUACAUGAAGGUAAUGGUAGAUAUUUUUGGAAUAAUGGAAACAAAUACACUGGGAAUUGGAAACGUGGGAAAAUGCAUGGUAGAGGAGCUAUGGAAUGGGUGAAUGGUGAUCAGUACAAUGGCUGUUGGUUAAAUGGCUUCAGACAUGGGUCUGGAAUUUAUCAGUAUGCAGAUGGGGGAUAUUAUUUUGGAACAUGGACCAGGGGCCUAAAGGAUGGAAAAGGAUUAUUCUAUCCUUCCGGAAGUAAACGUCCCUCUCUAAAGAAGUUUUGUGUCUCUUUGGGAUAUGAUAAUGGUUAUAAAAGUGCGUUAUCUCAAUUUCCGUCAUUAAAUUUGGAAGAAUGCAUGGUUAAGAAACCAAGUGUUAAGCGCAGUCUCUCGGAGAGGAUCUCAGUAAGUGGUGUUUUAAGAAGUUCAAGUCGAAUCUCACAUAAGACUGCUGAAAAUUCAAGACUUUCGGAUUCUGGUAGAGAAUUCAUACGCCAUAAUUCCUCAGGCACAUUCUCACUUGAUUCUGAUGCUGGUCAAAGUGAGGUGCAAGAAAAUACUGCUGUAGUUUAUGAGAGGGAAUACAUGCAAGGAGUUAUGAUUAAAGAGAGAAUAAGAAAUCAUGGUGAACUAUCACAGAAAGCUGAAAAGCGAACUAAAAGUCAUGCCAAAGAAACAAAAAAGAGUUCAUGUGUUGGCAUUAUUGGAGGCAAAAACAGCUAUCAUUUGAUGCUUAAUUUGCAACUUGGUAUAAGGUAUACUGUUGGCAAGAUAACACCAGUACCUAAGCGUGAGGUUCGAACUGCUGAUUUUGGAGAUCGAGCUAGAAUUACUAUGUUUUUCCCCAGUAAGGGUUCACAGUUUACACCACCACACAAAUCUAUUGAUUUCUACUGGAAGGAUUAUUGUCCUAUGGUCUUCAGGAACCUGAGGGAGAUGUUCAAGCUAGAUGCAGCAGAGUACAUGAUGUCCAUUUGCGGUGAUGACGGUUUGACAGAUUUUUCUUCUCCAGGGAAAAGUGGCAGUAUCUUCUAUCUUUCUCAUGAUGAUAAAUUUGUGAUUAAGACAUUGAAAAGAUCUGAACUCAAGGUUUUACUCAAGAUGCUGCCUAAGUACUACAAUCAUGUAAAAGAGUAUGAAAAUACUCUCAUAACAAAAUUUUUUGGGCUCCACCGGAUAACUUUACCAGGCAGAAGAAAGGUGCGCUUUGUGGUUAUGGGGAAUAUGUUUUGCACAGAACUGAGAAUUCAUCGUCGUUAUGAUCUAAAGGGAUCAACCCACGGAAGAUGUACAGAUAAAGAUAAAAUUCGAGAAAAUACUACAUUGAAGGAUCGUGAUCUGUCAUAUGAAUUUCAUAUGGACAAAUCAUUGCGGAAAUUCCUUUUUCACCAAAUAGCUGUGGACUGCACGUUCCUGAAAUCUCAACAGAUAAUUGAUUAUAGCCUUCUAUUGGGUUUACAUUUUAGAGCUCCUGAGCAACUAAGUGGCCUCCUUGAAGAUCCCAACAUGAUGCCCAAAAUUGAGAGCUCACCUGCUGGCGAGGGUCUGACAACAGAAGGGGAACUGUUAUUUCCAUCAAAAGGCUUGCUGCUGGUGGCCCAUGAACCCAGCUCUGUUAGCACUGAACCGGGUCCUCACAUCAGAGGAAGGGCGUUAAGAGCUUUCUCUCUGGGUGACAAGGAAGUUGAUGUUUUGGUGCCUGGUACUGGAAGGUUACGAGUGCAAUUAGGAGUAAACAUGCCAGCACAGGCUAAUCACAAGCUUUCCCAUGUUGAGGCUGAUUCAGCUGAAGUUGAACUUUUUGAGGUUUAUGAUGUGGUUCUCUAUAUGGGAAUAAUCGAUAUUUUACAGGAAUACAAUGCAAAGAAAAAGGCUGAGCAUGCAUGCAAAUCAGUGAAAUUUGACCCCAUGUCAAUUUCUGCUGUCGACCCCGAGCUCUAUGCUAAACGUUUUAUUGACUUCUUGAAUCAAAAAGUUUUCCCUGAAGAACCAUGAAAUGAAAAAACUGUAUAUAUUUAUCUGUUUUUACCAUUGCUUCACAUUUUCAUUUUUGUUAGCUUCUUUUUGUACCUUUUUGGCUCACAUUUGACACCAUUCCUUUUUACAGUCAUUUAUUGUAAAGUGAUCACUAUCUGCACCUCUUGUACUGGUUGGAUAGUGAUAUUGGGCUUAUUUAAUAGGUGCAAUAAAGUUUUUCUGAUAUUUUCGUGGUUAA